AUGUCUUCAAAAAGCACAACCGGUCCCACACCUUCCCUCCCCACACAUCUUGGCUCUUCAAUGCCAUAUUCCUGCGUUCUCUGCUAUCAAAGAAAAGUGAAAUGUGAUAGACAUGACCCUUGCUCUGCCUGUAUAAAUGCAGGAGCUUCUUGCAUUUUUCGCGCCCCGCCAGCCCCUAGGCGACGGAAAAAAACUUCACCGGAAUCUGCUCUACUCUCUCGGUUGAAAAGAUAUGAAGAUAUAUUGCGCAGCCAUGGCAUCAACUUCGGUGGAGCUCAAGAUGGGACCCAGGAGGCUCCUAAACCUUUCUCAUCGGGUCCGGCUGCCGACGGGUUUGAUGGGGCAAGCAACAUGCCCGUUUGGACAAAGAGUAAUAUGGAUCAGGCCAGGGAAACCGGCGAGUUGGUUACGGCUGAAGGGAAAUCCAAAUACUUCACUGGUACUUUGUGGAUGAGUCUGAGUGAUGAGCUUCGAAACACCAAAGAGCUCUUUGAUAACCAGUGUUCCUCGGAUGAGGAGCAACCCGACACCCCGGAGCGGGGAGCAUCACUCCUGCCAACUCUAGACGAACACCUCUUUAUCCUCAGCUCCGCAACCUCUAGCCAGCCGUUGACUGCCUUGCAUCCCCAGCCAGUUCACAUUUUUAAGCUAUGGCAGAUAUUCCUAGACAGCGUAAAUCCGCUCGUUAAGAUAUUUCAUGCACCGACGGUACAACAAGAAAUUCUAGACGGAACGGCAGAUUUGGAAAAUGUCUCCAAAGCCACAGAGGCGCUCAUGUUUGCCAUCUAUGCUUGCUCGAUUACUUCCAUGACUGACCACGACUGUCAAAGUCAACUAUGUGAAACGAAAUCGGCACUCUUAGCCAGAUACCGGUUUGCCACGAAACAGGCGUUGAUCAAUGUCGGAUUUAUGCGGAGCUCGGACAUCACUGUUGUCGAGGCAUUUGUGCUUUACCUUAUUUCAAUUAGGCGCGCUUGCAACCAUCAAAUCCUCUGGAUCUACAGUGGUAUAUUACUUAGAAUCGCACAACGCAUCGGCCUCCACCGGGACGGAUCUGUCUUCGGCAUUUCCGUUUUCGAAACCGAAAUGCGUCGCCGCCUCUGGUGGCAGAUCAUAAGUCUGGAUAUAUACUCCUCUGAACUCUCGGGGGUAGGAACAUCUCUGCUGCGUCAUCCCUGGGACACCCGAAUGCCCCUGAACAUCAACGAUAGCGACCUGAGCCCGAACAUGAAACAGCCUCCCAUAGAACACACUGGCCCGACCGAGAUGCUAUUUCGCCUCAUCCAGUGCCAAGUUGGCAAUUUCCUCAGGGAGGGUCAAGCUCUAUUCUCGCCCGGUAGCAAUUGGCGCGACAUAGGCGGGAUCGACACGUCCAUUGGGGAUAGGAGCAAGCGCGUAGACGACCUCGAAGCGCUGAUGGAGGAGAAGUAUUUCCGUUUCCGCGACCCUUCCAUCCCUUUACAUCAGACAGCCCUGUUGGUUGGCCGAUGCGUCCUCGCCGUCGUGCGGUUGCCCAUUUACCGCGUAAAGGGCAGGAGCGCUUGCCAUAGCGAGGGGCCCAAGAUUCAAGACGACAAGAUGCGUGAUCUCCUCUUCGCCACGAGCGUCAAGGUGCUCGAGUUCGAUAAUCUGAUUAGAAACACAGCGAGCACGAAGCAGUACCUCUGGCACGCAGACAUUAGUUUCCAGUGGCACGCCGUCAUUUGCAUGCUGACAGAGUUGCGCAUGCGCACGGUCGGGCCCGAUAUCGACACCGCCUGGCAUCAGGUGGGGAUGCUAUUCACCAACCGGCCGCAGCUGCUGACGAAGUUUAAGAAUGCGUUGUAUGUAGCUAUUGGGAACUUGGUGUUGAAAGCAUGGGCAGCGAGGGAGAAGGCGCUCGCUGAUAAUAUGCCUGCGGGGUCGAUGAAUGAUCAAGAAACUGUAGAGAGUGGAAGGCCGGAAUAUAUACAGAUAUUAAUCGCGCAACGGGCUUGCUCUGUUCGCAAGAAGGCGGCGGCGGAAACUGUAGCUACGAACGGGGUGGAACAACAAUCAUCAACGAACGCAACGCUGCUAGAUGUGUCGUCCUACGGCAUUUUGGGAACCAAUAACAACGCGCAGAUGACACCGAUUGGAAUCGGACCACAAGAAUCUCCAAUCCCCAGCCACCAGCGUCGCUUAUUUAGUCCCGCUCCGCUCGGUACAUUUAGGAUCGCUGGUACCCAUCAGAACACCAACGGGAGGUUAGCUGAAACCGAAAAUAUGGAGGAUAGUCAUACAGACACAUAUCUCGACCCGUCAGUUCUUAUAACCCAGGGCAAUAAUGGCGGUGUACAGAACUGGUUGGAUGACGGCCCCCUUGAUUGGACGCAGUGGGAUAUGUUGGUGCAGGAGUUUGAUAUGGGUUGGGGUGAUAUGGAGGUUGGUUGA